CGACAAGCACACACUAUGGCGCUGAAACGGAUUAAUAAGGAACUUAGUGAUUUGGCCCGUGACCCUCCAGCACAAUGUUCUGCAGGUCCAGUUGGGGAUGAUAUGUUUCAUUGGCAAGCCACAAUUAUGGGACCUAAUGACAGCCCAUAUCAAGGCGGUGUAUUCUUUUUGACAAUUCAUUUUCCUACAGACUACCCCUUCAAACCACCUAAGGUUGCAUUUACAACAAGAAUUUAUCAUCCAAAUAUUAACAGUAAUGGCAGCAUUUGUCUCGAUAUUCUAAGAUCACAGUGGUCGCCUGCUUUAACAAUUUCUAAAGUUCUUUUAUCCAUUUGUUCACUGCUAUGUGAUCCAAACCCAGAUGACCCCCUAGUGCCAGAGAUUGCACGGAUCUAUAAAACAGACAGAGAUAAGUACAACAGAAUAUCUCGGGAAUGGACUCAGAAGUAUACCAUGUGAUGCUACCUUAAAGUCAGAAUAACCUGCAUUAUAGCUGGAAUAAACUUUAAAUUACUGUUCCUUUUUUGAUUUUCUUAUCCGGCUGCUCCCCUAUCAGACCUCAUCUUUUUUAAUUUUAUUUUUUGUUUACCUCCCUCCAUUCAUUCACAUGCUCAUCUGAGAAGACUUAAGUUCUUCCAGCUUUGGACAAUAACUGCUUUUAGAAACUGUAAAGUAGUUACAAGAGAACAGUUGCCCAAGACUCAGAAUUUUU